UGAUUUAUAUAGCGACAAAUGUCAUGCGGUGUUUGCUAAACUAGAUUUUUUUUUGUUUAUGUUUGAUCCAAAGAGAAAAGUAAAACAGGUCUCCAUCUUAGCUCAAUUGGCUUUUUAGUUGUUGUCUUUAUUUUUGGCUUUUAGCCAUUGAUCGAUUGCCUAAUUAAUUAGUCAAUAAGAGCAUGUUUACAAUCUGAAUUUCUUAUUCAAUUAUCAUAAUGAAAAAAAACUCAAUUCUGAUACAAAAAAAACGCGAAUAAUAUCAAACAAGAUUCAAGAAUAGAAGAAGCAUAAUAGCGAUCUUAAUGAAAAUUUAUUUGCAGCUAAAUUUGAACAAAUAAUUUUAUUCAUUCAAAAUAUCAAAGAUACAAUACUAAAUGUCUGUGAUGGUUGUUGUGUAUUGUAUAUUGAACAAAUAAUAGUUCAAAAAACAAUUUCAUCUCAUUCAUUAAAAAUUAAUAAUAAUCAACAUAAACACUCCUUACUACUGUCAUUGGCCCCUUUUUUUCGAAUGACUUGAUUUUAUCAUUCUUGAUCAAUGAAAAAAAAACAAUAAUCACGAUUCAAAAAUAGAGGGUUAACGUUUUUUCAACCAUCCCAUUGUGUUUGUUUUGUAUUUUAUUUUUUUUUUCACAAAUGUGUGUAUGAUAUAAAAAUCUCUUUAUAUAUGUAAAAAAAAGAAACAAAAAUGAUUAUGGAAAACAUAACCAUCAAUGACGGUAGUAGUGAUAGAUUAGAAUUGGAACCAACCGGCCCAAUAUCAUCGAUUAUAUCAACAAAAAUAUCAACACAAUCCUCGAUCUCAGCCACACCUCAAACACAAUUAAAAGUAUUAAUGCGUGCAACAUCAAUUGGUCUAAAUAAUCCAUUAAGGAAAACAUUGUGGCUUGGAUUAUCAUUACGUAAUAAUGCAGUCAAUGCUGUUGAUUUUGAUACACAAUUCGAUAAUUUGGCCGUCAAUAAAUUGCCCAAUUUUGUUGAUCCAACCACUACAAGAUUCUUUUAUCUAAAUUCAAUAUCACGUAAACAUGUUGCAACUAUACUCUGGAAUUUAUCACAAUCUUAUCCUCAGAUGACAUUCGCACCUCUCCUUUAUCCAUUGGUUUCAUUAUUUCUACAUUUUCAUUCUCCUGUCGAUGUUCAUCGAAGCAUUGUUGCUUUGCUAAUGUCACGAGAAUCGCGUUUUAUUGGCAUCAAUCGAAUAGAUAAAAAGUGUGAUGCAUUAAGCUUAAUUCGUUUGGCUAAUAAAUUUGGUAUAGCCAAAUUGAGUAAGAUUGGUUCGAAUGGUUUGGAAAAAAUUCAAGAUUCCGAUGCUGCAUUUGCUGAUUGGAUUCAAUGGAUCUUUGGCUGCCUGCCUUUUCAUUUUUGUGUACGAAUUGUUGACUGUUAUCUGGUGGAAGGGGAAAAAUUUCUAUACAGAAUAGCAAUGGCAUUAGCAAGAUUGUUUGAGAAAACUCAAAGGAAACCGCUCAACAUCGAACAGAUGAGAGUAUUCUGUCAAGAUAUUGCAACGAUUGUCACACCAACUCAAUUGAUUCAACAGGCGAUCAAAAUAACCAGAUUUUCACGUAAAGACAUUGUCAAAGCUAGAUUAAAAUCUGAAAAAAGAAGUGAAACAAUUUAUUUUCCAGAAUCACCAUUUCUUAGUCGUAAUGAUGUAAUAUCUCAAAAAGAUGUAACAUUUGGAAAUAGAAUUGCACCACGUAGAUUUAAAUCGUCCAUACUCAGCUGGAAUCAAUUGGAUAUACUUUGGGAAUGGAUUCCCGAACGUAUUUAUAUUCAAGAACCAUUGAUCGCAUUUUGUUCGGACGAAAAUGGAAAUUCUCUUCGCACCUUUUAUUCUUUAUGUGGUGAAAACGAACCUACAAUAAUUUUGAUUAAAACAAUUAAGAAUCAGAUAUUCGGCUCUUAUUGUUCAUCGAGCUGGUCAAAACGAUUAGAAUGCAAUAAUCGUACUGGACAAUUUUUCGGUAAUGGUGAAACAUUUUUAUUCAGCAUCCAUCCACGUAUUGUUAAAUAUGAUUGGGUGGGAAAAUUACGUAAUGUAAAUGAAUUGACACCAUCACAACAGUUAUUCAUGUCGGCAACAAAUGAAUCAUUUUCAAUCGGUGGAGGUGGUGGACAUUUUGGUCUUUAUAUUGAUGAAAAUCUUUCUCGUGGUGAAACACAUCAUUGUGAUACGUUCGAAAAUGAACCAUUGACCAAUGAUGAUACAUACUUUGAUGUUGCAACUAUUGAAAUUAUUGCAUUUUGUUAAGUAUUUUUUCAUUAAUUUUCACAUAUUGUUGUAUUCCCUUUGCUUUUUUUCGGGACGAUUUUUUAAUCAUUGUAUAUUUCGGGUAAAAUGUCAAUCGCUAAUUUUGCAAAGAACAUUUUUAUCAUCAUUAUCAGCAUUUUCCCUUAUUCUUACGAUUCAUCUAUGUUGUUUGUGUGUGUGUGUGUGUGUUUGUAAAAUUUUUGUAGAUAAAAAAUUUCAUAAUUCAGAACAUUUCAAAAGAGUUUGAUUCCGUUUUUGUAAAUUUUUUUUUCAAAGAAAAAAAUAAAAUCAUUUAUUUCGCCCCCACUCAUUUGUUUAGCUUUUUUCUUUGGUUGGCGUGUACGAUUUCGAUUAGACAGAUUUGAUUUGAUUUUCAUUAAUUUUUUUUC